AUGCGCCUUGCGCCUCUCUCUCUCCGCGGCGGCGCCGGGCAGGAAGAUGGAUCGUGUUGUUUCACCUCCCGACAGGCUAAGCGCACCAAGAAGGUGGGGAUUGUGGGUAAAUAUGGUACCCGGUACGGUGCGUCCUUGAGGAAGAUGGUGAAGAAGAUUGAAAUUAGCCAGCACGCCAAGUAUACCUGCUCCUUCUGUGGCAAGACCAAAAUGAAGAGGAAGGCUGUUGGUAUCUGGCACUGUGGAUCCUGCAUGAAGACAGUUGCUGGUGGUGCCUGGACUUACAACACCACCUCUGCAGUGACAGUCAAAUCUGCAAUCAGAAGGCUGAAAGAACUGAAGGACCAGUAGAUGCUACAUCCUGCUCUCCUUCUGAAACAUGCUUGUUUUCUCCACUGUCAAGAUCUGUCCCUUUAACAAUAAAAGGUGAUAUGGAGUGGAAUCAUGUUCAUCUUUCUAUGGAAAGUGCUGUCUUGCUGCGUUGUAUUUAUUGGUAUAACUAUGGAGGCAUUCGUAUUUCUAUCCAGUAGUUGAAAAGCUCUUAUUACUGGUUAAGUCAUUAAAAAACAAUUUUCUAUUCCA